CCGUCGCAACGAUCGGCCCUCCACAGAACCUAGUGACAGAACCUAGUGAACGUUUUUAAUGUUAAUUAUGCUAAAGUGACUCGUCAUAGGGAUCGCAUCGGGAUCGCAGUGACUGAGUGACAAUGGCUUCAAAGGCCAACGGUAGCGGCAGCAGCGGAACAACGAUCGGAACCGGUGUGCUGUUGGAGUGGAAAAACCUUUCCGUGAGUGUCCGAUCGAACAAAGCCGGUCAGCGACAGCAGUGGUACGGAAGGCCAGGCCAUCAACAGCGGAAGGAAAUUGUGAUCCUGGAAAAUGCCAGCGGUGCUGUUCGAUCAGACAAUUUGGUGGCCAUCAUGGGACCAAGUGGUGCCGGCAAGACAACGCUACUGGCGGCCAUUUCGAUGCGCAUAACCGGCUCCACGACCGUGCACGGGAAGGUGCUUAUCAAUGGGCUGUAUGUGACCAGGACGCAGAUGAAACGAUUGACGGGCUUCGUGCCACAGUACGACAUUGCGCUACCAUCGUUGACCGUUGGCGAGCAUCUGAGUUUUGCGUCGAAGCUUAAGAACGUGGGCUAUGUGGCGGUGUUGCGGAUCGUGAACGAGCUUGGCCUGCAGGGCUGCUGGACCACCCGGAUCCAGCACCUUUCCGGUGGUGAGCGCAAGAAGGUGAACCUGGCCGGUGAGCUACUGACCGAACCGGAUAUUCUAUUCUGCGAUGAACCAACAACGGGUCUGGACAGCUAUAAUGCCGCCUCUGUGAUGGCGACACUGCAAGCACUGUGCGUCAGUGGACGGCGAGCGGUCGUUUGUACGAUCCACGAUCCACCGUCGCAGGUAUUUCAGUACUUUACGGAUGUGAUUCUGAUGCAGGAAACCGGUACGAUCCUGUACCAGGGCCCAACGGUCAGCAUGCGUGCCUUCUUCAGCUCGAUCGGGCGAACACUACCGGAGCGUGGCAAUCCGGCCGACUUCUAUUUCCAGCUCGUGAGUCCCGGAGCGAACGUGUUUGCGGGCCCAGAAGCUGAGCAAGCGAUCCGACAGCACCAGAUCAUCCAGAAGGCACAUCGGGAGAACAUUGCCCGCAAGUGUCUGAUGACGCGCUACCAUCAGUCCAAGAUCAUACAGAAGCUGGCCAACUAUCGGCAUCGGGUGUGCUGGAUGCGCCAGCUGCAGAUACUGCUCCAUCGUACGGCACUGCACAGCAUCCGGAACAUUGGCGAGUACUUGACGGUGACGGGCAUCUUCUUGUUCACCAGCAUUGUGAUAGCAUCGCUGUACUUUGAAGUGCGUCCCAUCUCCCAGACCGCCAUCCAGGACAUCCGCGGUGCACUGUUCCUGAUGAUCAGCGAGCUCGUCUACACGAUCAGCUACGGUGUGUUCUAUACGUUUCCGUCCGAGAUGCCGCUCGUGAGGCGAGAAGUGGGUGAAAAGACGUACAACCUUUCGGUUUACUAUGCCCACAAGGCGGUGCUUAGUUUGCCGCGCGCUUUCCUAGAGUCGUUUCUCUUUAUCGGAGUGAUUUACGCGUUCGUUGGCUUCACGGGGGGCUUCGAGACGUACUGCUACAUGUCGCUGGUUAGCGGUGGUGCCAGUGUACUGGCCAUGGCUUACGGAUACCUGCUAUCGUGUACGACCGGCACUAUGACCAUGGCGAUCGAGGCGAGCAAUAUCGUUUUCCUGGCAUUUAUGCUACUCGGUGGCCUGUACCUGAACCUGCGAGCCUUUCCGGUGCUCAAGUACCUGUCGUUUUUCUUCUUCGCCAGCGAGGGUGUCUCCGUGUACUACUGGUUACCGGUGCAGGACAUUCCGUGCGAUGUGAUGCGCCCGAACGGAACCAUCACCACGAUACCGGACCGAGCGUGUCUGGCGAGUGGUCUAGCCGUGCUACAGGAUGCCGGUUACGCUACGACGUACGAGGAGCUGCACCUGAACUAUGCCAUCAUGGCAACGGAGAUUCUGAUCGUCCAUCUAGUGGCCUAUGGGUUGCUGCGGAAUUUCGUGCGCAAAGCCGGCUUCUACUGACCAACCACAACAACAACAACCAAAGAAUAUAGCACCUUCAUCAUCUUCCUCACUUGUCGUGGUCAUUG